GGUGCGCGACGCGACGGCGUACCGCUCGCAAUUACCACCGCGCACAGUCACCAGUGGUCGCCGAACACCAAACGUCUCUAAGAAGGCUGCCCCAUGGCCGGCACGCGAUGACACCACUACUAUGCUGGCUGCUCACAACAAGCGCCGCGGCCACGCUCCUCGACUUAAAACAGGAGGACACAGUAUGUCAAACGAAGACGGCCGCGAGCUUCCAGCGCCACGCGCACCAUUUACCAACCAAGUGGACCGCGCGCUACUCGCGCGCCGCGGCGCCCGACCGGCCUGGUAGGUACCUGGAAUUGUGGGGCCGCUUCGGGCUACUGAACAAUCGGUUGCGGUGCCUGGCGAAUGCCGUGGGCUUCGCGGCGCGCGCCGACGCUUCGUUGGUGCUGAGCGGGCCCUGGGAGCUGUUCGCGGAUGCCGCUAUAGACACUGAUUGGUUGAUAGAAUCGAGAAUCGCCGACGUCGUGAUCGUGGACCGGGACCACGCCUGGCCGCCCUCCGAGUACUUCGCUAAUAGAACCGUCCGCCUGAGCUGCGCGGACGCGUUCUACUGCGGCGGCGUUUGUGAGAGGGGCAAAGGCGCCCGGGAUGUUAAGAGGAGGUGGCCAGGUGUAAAUUGGCGAGAUUUGAGAGCCGGCGGUCAAAGGAUAGAGACGCGAUCUUCUGAACUGUACGCGGCACACAAGGAGCCGGCGCUCUGUGGGUAUGCGGCGUUGGCACCUCAAUCGCGGAUCCGCGAGGCCGCCUUACAAUGGCGGGCGCCCGCAUCAUUCAUAAUAGGCCACCACCAGCGCCUCGAGACGACCGUAUCCAGAGAACCCGUCGCCCAGAUGUGCCACAAGGCCGCUGCAUUACUGAAGGGCGCCUUCUACGGGAAAGUUUGUGACGGUCAGGCAAGGCCCGCCGACAUCGCCGACGGUGGUAAAAUUCUUCUGGCGAGCGACAAGUUUUUGAAGGACGUCCAUGGGGCGUGGGCCGCCGAUCAAAGUGUAGUGCUGGCGGCGGCGCCUUCAGAAUUAACUGCGUCGGAGGCGACGACGUACAAGGGCCCCUCGGCCAUGUUCAACACGAGAUUAGGAGAGGCCCUCUACGCGCCGGGGUUUCGGGGAGGGCCGCGCGCGCGGCGCGCCGCCCUCCAGACCCAGGUCGCGCCCGUGCUCUUCGACAUGCUGCUGCUGGCCGCGCGCGCGGAGCGCUUCUGGCCGACGCCGGGCUCGACCAUGUCGCAGACCGUAUGCUUCUGGCGCGCGGCCUGGGGCCUGGAUGGCGCCGCCGCCAUCAGUUCCUGCGAGGAUAUUUGUGUGGCGCCCUGAAUAAUCUUGUCA